UGGUCCUUGACAUUGCAGAGUCUAUGUACCGGUACGUAGUCUACAUGUUAUGCCUGGUUCUGCUCACAAACAUUACAGAUUUUCGGAUGUCCAGUUCCGCUGCCCAACGGCAACGCCAGCAGAAUUGCUAGAUCUAUGGGCAUGGCUUCGUUUCGGGACAAAUUCUCAAUAGUGCCUUAUGGAUGCCUCUAUAUAGAUGCAUCAUGGAGCGAUAUUCUGUCAGCCAUCCCUUUCUCCAUGGAACCAGGCCACCACCGGAGCCUGAUAGAGUACAAGCUGGACCGACUGUGGAACCACGCCCAUGCCACGCCCACCCCCAUCCUGCCCUGCCUGUCGGUGCGGACGGCCUUUGACCUCUACCUCUCGGCGAAGCAGUACCCCAGAGGCUCAGAGAUGGUGUUCUGCGCUAUCAACAUUCCCGACAUGGCGCGGAUUGUCCGGCACCACGGCAUCAAGCUGGUUGCCCUCGAUGUGGAUAUAGAGACAUUGGUCCCAAAGGUAGAUCAUCUGCAAUCUCUCAUCACCCCAAAGACGGUAGCCAUUCUUGUUGCCCACCUCUACGGUCGUUGGGUCGACCUGGAAGACAUCGUUGCUGUUGCAAAGGAACAUCGCCUGGACAUCCUGGAGGACUGUGCAGAGGCCUUCAGCGGCAUCCAGAACCAUGGUCACCCUGCUGCGGAUGUCACCUUCUUCAGCUUUGGUCUCAUCAAGACCUGUACAGCCUUUGGAGGUGCCAUAGCAGUGGUGCGAGAUCAGCGUCUCCUGGCUCAGAUGCGCACCCUCUACCACUCCUACCCCAUCAGAGGGCGCACCGUCUACCUCAAGAAACUCAUCAAGUACUCGUUCCUGAUGACCUUGAUCAACUCACCGUUCCUUGUCAAGCACUGCACGCUGCUCCUCAAUGCGCUGGGGAUCAACCAUCGUGAUGUCAUCGUUAAUUCCAUACGGGGAUUCCCCCAAGGUUUCUUUGACAGCAUCAGGAUGAGGCCGAGUGUUACUCUGCUUUUCAUGAUGUACAGGAGAUUAAAGAACUUUGAUGUGAGCUCCUUCAAACUGGGUAACAUCAAAGGGGACAUUGUAUCUAGGAGGCUUCCACCUGGAAUACAGGGUGUGGGGCAGAAGGCUGACAAACAAAACUAUUGGCUCUUUCCUAUCUUGGUCGAUAAUCCAGAAAGGGUAAUGAAGGAGCUGAAUGCUCGUGGCGUUGAUGCCUACAGAGGAGCAACACAGUUGGACCUGAUAGAAUCUGAUGUAGUGAUCCCAAGGAACCUUGCCAACCCUUUAGAGAAGGUCCAGCACAGCCUUGACCACUCCUCUGGACCUGCAGAGGAUACUUCCAGUGUGGACAAGGCUGCGUCCUGUGGCAGGACAAGUGCUGUUGGAGAACCCAGAGGCACAAGUGGAACUACACAACCUGGUGUUGGCCACAGUGGAGGACUGUCAGAAGGGCAGCUGAGAGCAGGGGAUGUAAACAGCGCGAGAACAAGUCCUGUAACAGAUCGUAGGUUAGUGCCUGGAACUAGUGAAUCCAACAGCAAUAAUAGAGAGUUAUCUCAUAGAGCAAGGCUGGAGCAAUUGCCUGGUCAUGUGGAUAAUUCCAUGGAAAGUAGUACAGCAAGAACAAAAACUAACCAAUCGUUAGAAAGUAAUGAAGAUAAUAUGCAAGAUCGAUCACUGGAAUAUUUCAAUGAUGAAAGAGCUGAGUAUGUUAGUAUUCACUCUAACGAGGCUACAGGACAAAGCAAUAAUCAUUCAAGAGGUCUGACAUGGGUAGCUCAAAGCCAAAGCAGCAAUACCCCAGCAAUACAGUCCGAACCACAUAUGACGUCGCCAAGUACAACAGAGCAGUAUAGGAACUCAGGAAUUCCUUCAGACUUGCACCAGCAGUCCCAUUUUAGCACAGCUGGUGAUACCAAAGAUCUAUGUUCAGUAUCAUACAGCCAUCUACCGCAUCAGCAUGUUCAUCGUGAGUCGCAUGCACAAAGUCCUUCAGAAGGAUCACCACUAGAUUUAUUUCCUAGGUCUGAUGGCACCGACUACCUUGAUCCCCCUGCUAGUGACCUGAAGACAUCUGCUAUGCAAUUGGCGUCCAACAAUCACAGCAUGGCAACACACACUCUAAACCAUCCUUCAAGAACACAAGGUCUUUCUGGUGUCAAUCAUUCCUCUAACACUGCAGAAUCUGAUGCAACUAAUACCCAGAGGGAACCCAGAUCUCUACCCUCCAAUACAAAUUCUCCAUCUGGAGGAGGUACCAAAGCCUAUUUAGAACCAUCAGGGAAAUCCCCAAAGAGGACUUUAGGGGAUUCCCCAAGUGUGAUGUCAGGGAAGUACCCACAAGAGGCAAGUACCUGA